AUGUACAACUUCGUGCACUACCUGAGCUACACGGCCUCGGUGAUGAUCCUCGUCGUGAACUGCGUCGAGAGAUACGUGGCCAUCAUGUGUCCCUUUCGCUCCAAGACGCUCCUCCGGCACAGGAACCUUGUGAUUACUGACAAUGACGAAGCAUUGUCUGAUAUAAAGGCUACUGCUGACGUGUACGAGUUGGUGGCGCUGGUGGUGGUGUGGGUGGGCAGCGGCGUGUACUGCUGCCCGCGUCUGCUAUACUUCCGCGCCGCCUCCCACGACCUCCCGGGGGCGCAGUACACCGAGGUCAUCUGCCUGGCGGACCGCGAGCUCUACGACUCUCGCACCUUCGACACCAUCAACUUCGUCCUGCUGUACGUGAUGCCGCUCAGCGUCAUGUCCCUCCUGUACUGGCGCAUCGGCCGCUACCUGUGGAUCAACGGGCGCCUGGUGGAGGCGGCGAGGGUGCAGAGGGGCGUCGCCGCCGCCACCAAGUACGAAAACAACGGGCUGCCGCUGCACGGCCCCUGUGCGGCGCCCCCUCCUUCGCCAGCCCUCACCCCUCUCCCGCCCGCGGCCUCCUCACGGGCGUCCCCGUGCUGCCGGACGGGCCUGCAGAACGAGGUCAUAAACCAGCAGGAGGAGCGGGACAACCACGUCCUGUCCGUACACCACAGCGGCGCGGGGUCGAGUUCCUCGCACGGCAGGUACUCGGCAGGCAGGUGGCGGCAGUGGAGGCCCACCAGCGGCAACAGCGACAUGCCCAUCGGGCCCUACCACUCGGAGCGCCUCAUCCGCACGUGGAGGAAGGUGGUGAAGCUGCUGGUGGCCGUCGUGAUGUGCUUCGCGCUCUGCAACCUGCCCUUCCACCUCCGGAAGAUGCUCACGUACUACCACCCGCGCUACAACCCCACCACGGACGCCGCGCUCAUCUUCACGCCCCUCUCCAACGUCCUCAUGUACCUCAACUCGGCGCUCAACCCCAUCGUCUACUCCUUCAUGUCGCACAACUUCCGCGCAUGCGUCAGGGACGUCCUGAACCGCUACGCGCGCAAGGGAAAACGCCGCCACGCCUCCGGGCCACGCCUCCCCCCGCCCCCGGUCAUCACGCACCCCGCCCCUCUACCUCGCCCUGCCCCUGAGCCGCUCCUCCCCCCUCUGCCUCUCCGCCAGGAGGCGACAUGCCCCGGCAAUCAGAAGAGCCCGCACCUGAGGCCACCGACGUCAUGCAACCCCGGAUGA